UGUGCCACCGGCGGUAGAGUUGUGGCUGGAGUAGUGGCAGAAAUUGCGUUAGUUGUCACAGUCUCUAAUUUCACAGAUAAUGUUGCAAUAGUAACGUUGUAAAUAUCAUAAUAACAGGGGAAUAUAGCAUUUAACGUAUUUAGUUCAGCUUUAGCUCGCAGUGUUUAAAAAUGUGUCGGUUUCCUGGUUUCGCUGUAUGGCGUAAUUAAUGACCUUCUCAGCAAUGGCUACACUGUGGUCUAAAAUCUCUGCUGUCCUGCCUCUUAAUGAGGAACAGUUUCCACUGCAGUUCAGCGACAAGGUUGAGUCAAGUGUGGUGGACAUGCUGAAACGCUCCAGGCAGCAGCUGUACAGCGACGCUACGAGUACCAGCCGUGCGCUUAAUGCUCAGAUCAUUUUGGAUUUUUCAUGGGAGAAACUCAACACAGGAACGUGGCGCCAUGUGGACAAAGACUGGCGACGUGUUUAUUCUUAUGGCUGCCUGUUCAAAGUGGCCGCUCUGUGUCGUGAAAGUCCAUCAGAGGACGAGAUCCUGAAGGCCGUCAGGACUUGUGACAUGGGUUUACUCAUGGGUGCAGCCAUCAUGGAUAAUAUACUUCAGGUUAUUGUUGGGAUUCUGCAGAGCGAAGUCAGGAAAACCUCUAAAGAAGAUGAAAAUGAACACACUGAGGUCAAGAGAAUUAAGAUUGAGAGCCCACAUGUUCCUGUGAUCAAAGAAGAGCUGGCAAUUCCCAGGAUAAAGUGUCCAUCACUGGAGAGCUUCAACACAAGCUACCUGAUGCCCCUCAGACCAGUGAUUUUAGAAGGGAUCAUUGACCACUGGCCCGCCCUCAACAAACACCCCUGGAGCAUAGAAUACUUGAGGGCUGUGGCUGGUUGUCGGACUGUUCCUGUUGAGGUGGGAUCCAGGUACACAGACGAGGAAUGGUCACAAACUCUGCUUACGGUCAAUGAAUUCAUCGAUCGAUAUAUUCUAAAUAAAGAUGGAGUGAUUGGUUUGGGUUAUCUGGCUCAGCACCAGCUUUUUGAUCAGAUACCAGAGCUGAAGGAAGACAUCCGCCUCCCUGAUUAUUGCUGUCUUGGUGAGGAAGACGAAGAUGAUAUUACUGUUAACGCAUGGUUUGGGCCAGGAGGUACAGUGUCUCCUCUUCACCAGGACCCUCAACAGAACUUCUUGGCUCAGGUUGUGGGAAGCAAAUACAUUCGCCUAUAUUCCCCGGAGGUCACAGACAGGCUGUACCCUCAUCAAUCACAGCUGCUUCACAAUACCAGUCAGGUGGAGGUGGAGAAUCCCGACACAGAGCGGUUCCCGGAGUUUGCCAAGGCUCCAUAUCUUGAAUGUGUGUUACAGCCUGGAGACGUGCUGUUCAUCCCUGUCCGACACUGGCAUUAUGUCCGAUCCUUGGAGCUCAGCUUUUCUGUCAGCUUCUGGUGGUCAUGAUUGCUGAUCCCUAAUAAAAACAAUUA